AUGUGCUUCGGAUCCUCUAAGAAGACACAAACUUACCCAAACGCUCGAUAUCACGGUAGCGGCAGCACUGGGAGCGGGUACCAAUACGACAAGUACGCUGCACGGAAAGCCUACAAGAAGAAACAUAAGAAGCACUAUGGGGCUGCAGGUGAAGGAGUCGGAGGAUUUUUUGAGGCAUUUGGAGGCGAUGGUGGUGGUUGGGGAGACGGUGGCGGCGGUGGAGAUGGUGGUGGAGGAGGAGGUGGAGGAGGAGGCGGGGAUGGUGGUGGCGGCGGCGGCGGCGGCGGCUGUUAA